AUGGUGGUUGCAUUGAGACCGAUGGUACUUUGCCACAUCCGGAUCCCCAUCCAAACUGUAUCUCGAUCGAGGCCUCUUACAUGCCUCAAUCCACUCUCGACCUCGAUGAUCCAAUCCAUGUCCUCCCAUGGCGAUGACCAUCUCACCAAGGAGGAGGUCAUCAAGUGGGUCCUCGGCAUGGUCAAGAGCUUCCCUAAGAUUGAUCAUUCCAAGGUGAUACUAGAUGUCCAUUUCCAGAAGGAUCUGGGCCUGGAUAGCUUGGAUAAUGUGGAGAUCGUGAUGGCUUCGGAGGAGUUUAAGCUGAAGAUCCGAGACAAGGAAGCAGACAAGAUCGAUUCGCACAGCCUGACCAUCAAGUAUGUUAGUACAUAUUAUCCGACCUGA